UUCUCCUCCCUCUCCUCAACGCGGAACUAAACUCAGGAGUGAAACAUGUCUGCUUCUGGUAGCGCUUACAAACCCGUGAGCCAUGUUAUUUUCGAUAUGGACGGACUCUUAUUAGACACAGAGCGUCUGUACACCGUGUCCUUCCAGGAAAUCUGUGAUCGCUUCGGGAAGGAGUACACGUGGGACGUGAAGUCGUCUGUUAUGGGGAGGAAGGCCCUGGACGCUGCCCGAAUGAUCCGGGAUGCCCUGGAGCUCCCCAUGACAGCCGAGGAGCUCCUGGCCGAGAGCAGACUAAUCCAAGACAGGAUCUUUCCCUCCGCCCAACUCAUGCCAGGUGUGGAGAAACUGGUGUGCCAUCUCCAGAAGCACGGCAUCCCCAUCGCCGUGGCGACCAGCUCCGCCGGCGCCACCUUCCAGCUAAAGACGAGCCGGCACCAGGAGUUCUUCGCUCGGUUCAACCACAUCGUUCUGGGCGAUGACCCUGAAGUGAAGAACAGCAAACCUCAACCGGACUCCUUCCUGGUCUGCGCCAGCAGAUUCAACCCUCCGGCUUCUCCGGCGAAGUGCCUGGUGUUGGAAGACGCCCCCAACGGCGUCAAGGCGGCGCUGGCCGCGGGGAUGCAGGCGGUGAUGAUUCCCGACGUCAACCUGGACCCAGGCCUCUCCCGGGAGGCCACGCUGAGACUCGGGAGCAUGGAGGAGUUUGAGCCGCAGCUCUUUGACCUGCCGGCGUUCGACUGAGCCAGGGUCUGGAUCCGAUCAGAGGAAACAUCGGUGGAUCAGAUGGAUCACCUGCCAUACCCCGACAUGUUGCAUGGGGACAUUGAUGUUUUACUUAAUGAAUACUUAAUUCAUUAAUUUAACUUAAGUUGUUUUCUGUCAGAUGAGACAUCACAGCAAUGAGCAAACUCUUAUGAAAGCUCUAUUGAAACCCUGGUUUGCUAAUCAUUGAGCUUUUUUCAGAUACUUGCCUCCUGAACCAAACCUUGAUACAAAGGGAUUGGUAAGCAAUUCCAUUCUGCUACUCAAUACUCAAUCAUUCUAAAACCACUUUGAUUCUUAUACAUACUACAUAUGUAUAUGCCAUGUGUUGUAUUUCAAUCAAAAGAUAUUCUUUAGCAGGACGUACUAGAACACACACACGUGCACUGUCAAUCAGAACUCUGUCCCUGUCUUACUGUAAUACUAAAGACUACACUGCUCCUGGGGCCAUGUCUCCCCUCAGGCUGCUAAGAUUACAUUACACUCCCAUUUCCACUUCCCCUCCAUGGCCUCUAUGGCCUUUCAUCUUCAAGAAGGGGGGGGGGAAGUCUCCUCAACCCACCGCCCCCCCUCACUGAGUGGUUCCAUUUGUCUCUACAUUGGCCUUAAACAUAGAUAUUUGUGUCCUUGUGUUUCACCACAGUGAUUGCAGUGUUGAAAUGGACUACUGUGUAUAUAUAUAUAUAUUUUUUUCAUAGAGAUUCAAAGAUGAUCCCAUCAAAACAGUGAAACAAUUUUUUUUCAAAUGUAAAAAUGGGUUUCAUGAUCAAAUAAAGACAUUCAUCACAUAACCAAA